AUGUUCAGUCGGCGCAAGCGAAGCUCUUCCCAUCACCAGCCACUCUCCACAUCCGCAUCGCAAUCGGCACAGUCUGCAGCCAGCCAUGCUUUCCUGAAAUCUCAACCCUCCUCGAGUAGCCUCUCUUCAGCUGCCGCGGCUGCCGCUUUGCGCAAUCUCACACCCACCCCGACCCCCAUCGAAAAUGUCCAGACAAAGCGAAUGGUCCAGCGGCGGGCCUCGACGCAGUCGACCGUCAAUCCAGCAGCCGGUCGUCGCUCCGCAAGUGUGAGCGGCCCCCUACGCCGGACAAACAGCUCAAGCUCGAUGACCGCAAGGACUUUUCGUGAACCGUCCCCUCAUCGCCCCUCUACCAGCUCCGGCCCUGUCGAUCGACCCGGGAACAGCCCCGUGAAUGUUCCCCCGUUACCAUCGUUGCCGUCUCAGUAUGCAUCGAGACGGACACCGAAUCGACGGGCGGCAAGCAUGGAGCCUUCAAUACGAUCAUCCCCGACAUCCCCGCCCCGUUCAGGCGCAGGCUGGACAAAUGUAGAUCGCGGGCUAGAAGGAGGAGCCUCAAUAUCACCCACAACACACCACCGCGUUAGCAGCUUGAGUACGGUGCCAGAAUCGGAUCGGCCAUCCAGUCGGAGCUCAGUCAAUUUUUCAUACCCCCGAGGCGCGCGGCCGAACUCCCCGACGUUGGCGACAGAGAGUCAGCCGAUGAGCUUGAAUGCUGCUGCGGAUCAGGAUGUUUCAUCGCCGAAAGCCCCCAGCCCCCAGCAGACCAUCUCAGAACACCCGGUGAACGUUGGACAGAGGAGACAGGGAACGGAGAUUGCGGAGGGGAGCCAUUCGAUGAAUACAGUUGGCAAUGCGGUCGCGGCAGCCCAAGCUGUCAGCAUGCUGAAGGGUGGUCCCGGAGCGGACCCUACUCAUGCAAGGGCCGAACGGGUCGACCACGAAGCAUCGGUGACCAGCCCAACCGCAUCCCGUGCUGAUCGCGCACCUGCAUCAACCGCUGUAGCUGGUUCAGAGGCUGAACAUCCGGCUUCACGACCCGUUCUUGAGCGAUGGCCGUCCACCGUCCCCGAGGAGCAGGAACCAGAGGAGGUGGGUCUCAACACGCCCAUUGUUACCGGCCCGAGAUUGCCAGGUGCCUCUCCGGCAAUUGAUCGUGACGAUACUCUGUCAACUCCACAGCCAUCCCCUCAGCCAUCUCCCAAGGCCGAGAGACAGCACACACCACAGCAACAAGAUGCCCAUCUGCGCCAGUCCAACAGUCCCGGCCGCUCGGCCCGUUUUGCCAAAUGGCUUUCUGUCACUGCAGCUGGAGAUCAAGUCCACGAGCCUCCUCCAAGGUCAGUGUCGCCAGUCAAGUCUGCAAUGAAGCAUCCUCGUGGAAACUCGCUAUCACCGGAUCGGAAUGUCAACGUCGCUGGUCGGGUUAUCCAUCCCGCUAGCGAGAUAUCUGAUGGCACCUCGGUGGCUUCGGAUGAAGGGGCUCGGGUUGGUGUCAGAAAGCGACCUGUCAAGGUGAGCUUUGAUGAUGAGGCCGAAAUUGUUGGCGUCGCAGCUAGUCCUCCCACGUCCCCGGAGGACUAUUUGCCCGAAUCCCCUCCAAGCAAACCCAAGUCUCGUAUGAGCUGGCUUGGUGUCGGCAGGAAGAAGACCUCGCCGUUGGACUUCUCAACGGGCGAUGAUGAUUUCGACGAGGUCAUGAAGCCCCGACCCGCCCUACCAUCAUUUGGAAGUGUACGAGCAAACAGAGAUGGCGCUAGCCAUGCUCCUCCGAUUCCAGAAUUCAGUGAUAAUGAAUCAACUACCUCUUCAGAGGAUCAAGGGGUGGUAACGGCGGGGACCUCGUUUUCAAACGAUCAUGCCCUGGGCGGACUCCUCCCUAAGGUUCAAGCUAAAGAGACCCAGCAGCCACAUGAUGUUAAAUCUGUUGAACAGCUUUCCGUCAUUGGCAAGCCGUCUCUGUCUCAAGAAAAGUCUGCUUCGGGCGUCAAGGUUGACGGUGUCGCUAUCGGGGGCUUGGCGGAGCAGCGACCCUUGGCUGGUGUCAACGCAACGCUACCCCCACCGUCCAUUGCCGUGGAGCCAGCUACGCCACCGGUUGACAGUGAUCGACCAAGCUUUGAGCAGCGAUCAAGCCGGUCAAGUCUCGAACAGUAUCACAUUCCUGGAGGCUUCCCAGCUUCAGGCUCUGACCGCAAUUUGAGGGCUUCUGCGUCUGCGAAUUCUACACAGAUGGCACAGCCUGUGGCAAGUGCCGUUCCCAAGCUUGAUGACGUGGAUACUGAGGGCGAGUCCGGGGACAGUGUCUACAGUGAUGCCCCAGAAGACUUCGACGGAGACGGAUUUGGUUCGAUCAAUGCCAUUGUUGAUAGCCGGUCCACCCCUCGAUCUACAGGGACCCUAGGAGCCUCGAGUGAGAGUCGCGACACCACUCCCAAAGCGUCGGGUCGAAUUGCGGCUGUUGACGGCCAAUCACGAGAUAUUACAGAUCAGGCCUUCGACGAAGCUCGCUCCCUUACGCCCACUCAGGAAUCCGUUGAUCGUCAGGCGGAAAAUUCUCCUGUUUCACCUGCCGUUCAUACUGGGUUCGACUCUCGCUACCCACCCAUGCCCAUCAGGUCGAAGAUUGCACCUUCAACAUUGCAGAAUGGUAUUACACAGUCAGAAAUCAACAGGCAAAAACGUCCUAUGUCUGUGGAUGCUCAUGGUACCUCUGACAUGCAAGAUUCCCGGUUUUCUAGUAAUUCCUGUUCUCCUAAAUCUGGGAAACCCAAUGCACGCCCCGUUUCUCUUGGCCCCGCCUUCCAGAUGAGAGGAAACAGUGGUGGUGGAUCUGCUGGGUUCCCAAGCUCCCUUCGCCGGACCACAUCAAAUGGCAGCGAUUCCUCGAGCAGCUUCAAACGCGCGAGCAACUCUACUCGUGGUGACGGUCCGAUUUCCAUGCGCCGAACCAUGCGUGUCAGUCCGAUCAACACUCGUAUUCCCUCGGAACACACAGACUCUCCUACUGAACGCCGUCCCCUUUCAGCGGAUUCAGGAAUGGGUACGGGUACCAUGCGAAAGACACUUCGAGGCCCUGGCGGAGAAGGAGAUCGAUAUUCAUUUUUCUCCACAAACAAGAAGGCGCCUCGUGCUCGGUUCACUAAAGCCCCUCCCAAGUCCAUGCGACCUUCGAGGUUCGCAGAUUCAGAUGGAGAAGGCGAUGAAGCCCAGCCGCAGAUCUUUCGUAGCCGCUUUGCAGACUCGAGUGAUGAGGAAGCGGGCGACAAUUCCAUGCGCCCUGUUCGUGGUAUCCCCCGCCGCAGGGGAGCUCACGAUGGAGAUUCGACUGAGCUAGAAGACAGCUCUGAAGAAGAUCGCCACCAGCGGGCCCCAGUGGUGGCUGCACCACUCCCUAAUCGCACUCCGCCAGCUUCUCGCGACAAGAAUGCGCCAAACAUGUCGGGCUUCGCUGCUGUGGCUCGACAGCGCGGCAUGAGCCAACGAGAGCUAGAGGAGUUUUUGAUGCAGCCCCCUCGUGGUCGUAAACCAGGACUACUUACCCGCCUCGGUAUCAAGAAGGCCAAGAACUCUGACAACCGAAUUCGCAAAGCGGAUGUCGAAAGCCCUUCCCGACGGGAUACGCCACUGGAACGCUCGCGAUUUGAACGUGAACAACUACGAGAGGAGCCUUCCUUAAAUGGGAACCGUGGUGUGGUGACCACUGUGACGGCUGGCUCGCCUGAGCCAGCCUCGCCAUCGAGACUGGUGAAGCGCCUCUCUAAGCGGCAGCCCGGCGGUGGUGACCAUUGGCCGCUCCAGCCUGAGCCUAGGAUCGACGCUUCCGAGCCAAUCCCUGAGCACAGCCAGUGCCUCCCCACGUCGCCUCUGCAGACUACCAAGCCAGAGGCGCCUGCUGAGAACACUGAGCGCAAUGGAAGCGCCGCCAUUAACGGAGCCGGUGCGUCUGGGAUGGUCGCCGCUAUCAAAGAACGCCAUUCUCUUCAGACCGCUGAACCCGGACAAGAUAUCAAUGACGCUGCUUCCGAUAUCACUAGCACUACGGCCGAAGAGCCGAAUGUCUCGGCGCGCGAUGUGGUAAUUGCCGGCUCUGGACGCAAGAAACGAUUCCCUCUUCUGCGAAAGGCAUUUGGACUACGAGCGUAA